AGCCCCCGGCAGCCUUGAGCUGCUCACUUGGCUCUCGCCCUCCGGCGGGGAAGCAUGGGGCUUCCCAGGCUGGUCUGCGCCUUCUUGCUCGCCGCCUGCUGCUGCUGUCCUCGCGUCGCGGGUGUGCCCGGAGAGGCUGAGCAGCCUGCGCCUGAGCUGGUGGAGGUGGAAGUGGGCAGCACAGCCCUUCUGAAGUGCGGCCUCUCCCAGUCCCAAGGCAACCUCAGCCAUGUCGACUGGUUUUCUGUCCACAAGGAGAAGCGGAUACCCAUCUUCCGUGUGCGCCAGGGCCAGGGCCAGAGUGAACCUGGGGAGUACCAGCACCGGCUCAGCCUCCAGGACAGAGGGGCUACUCUGGCCCUGACUCAAGUCACCCCCCACGACGAGCGCAUCUUCUUGUGCCAGGGCAAGCGCCCUCGGUCCCAGGAGCACCGCAUCCAACUCCGCGUCUACAAAGCUCCAGAGGAGCCAAACAUCCAGGUCAACGCCCUGGGCAUCCCUGUGGACAGUAAGGAGCCUGAGGAGGUCGCGACCUGUGUAGGGAGGAACGGGUACCCCAUUCCUCAAGUCAUCUGGUACAAGAAUGGCCGGCCUCUGAAGGAGGAGAAGAACCGGGUCCACAUUCAGUCGUCCCAGACUGUGGAGUCGAGUGGUUUGUACACCUUGCAGAGUAUUCUGAAGGCUCAGCUGGUUAAAGAAGACAAAGAUGCCCAGUUUUACUGUGAGCUCAACUACCGGCUGCCCAGUGGGAACCACAUGAAGGAGUCCAGGGAAGUGACUGUCCCUGUUUUCUACCCGACAGAAAAAGUGUGGUUGGAAGUGGAGCCCGUGGGAAUGCUGAAGGAAGGGGACCGCGUGGAAAUCAGGUGUUUGGCUGAUGGCAACCCUCCACCGCACUUCAGCAUCAGCAAGCAGAACCCCAGCACCAGGGAGGCAGAAGAAGAGACAACCAAUGACAACGGGGUCCUGGUGCUAGAGCCCGCCCAGAAGGAACACAGUGGGCUCUAUGAAUGUCAGGGCCUGGACUUGGACACCAUGAUAUCGCUGCCGAGUGAACCACAGGAACUACUGGUGAACUAUGUGUCUGACGUCCGAGUGAGUCCCGCAGCCCCUGAGAGGCAGGAAGGCGGCAGCCUCACCCUGACUUGUGAGGCAGAGAGCAGCCAGGACCUCGAGUUCCAGUGGCUGAGAGAAGAGACAGGCCAGGUGCUGGAAAGGGGGCCUGUGCUCCAGUUGCAUGACCUGAAACGCGAGGCAGGAGGCGGCUACCGCUGUGUGGCCUCUGUGCCCAGCAUACCCGGCCUGAACCGCACACAGCUGGUCAAUGUGGCCGUUUUUGGUCCCCCUUGGAUGGCAUUCAAGGAGAGGAAGGUGUGGGUGAAAGAGAAUAUGAUGUUGAAUCUGUCUUGUGAAGCGUCAGGGCACCCCCGGCCCACCAUCUCCUGGAACGUCAACGGCACGGCAAGUGAACAAGACCAAGAUCCACAGCGAGUCCUGAGCACCCUGAAUGUCCUCGUGACCCCAGAGCUGUUGGAGACAGGUGUUGAAUGCACGGCCUCCAACGACCUGGGCAAAAACACCAGCGUCCUUUUCCUGGAGCUGGUCAAUUUAACCACCCUCACACCCGAUUCCAACACAACCACUGGCCUCAGCACUUCCACUGCCAGUCCUCAUACCAGAGCCAACAGCACCUCUACAGAGAGAAAGCUGCCAGAGCCGGAGAGCCAGGGCGUGGUCAUCGUGGCUGUGAUUGUGUGCAUCCUGGUCCUGGCAGUGCUGGGUGCUGUCCUCUAUUUCCUCUAUAAGAAGGGCAAGCUGCCGUGCGGGCGCUCAGGCAAGCAGGAGAUCACGCUGCCCCCGUCUCGUAAGAGUGAAUUUGUAGUUGAAGUUAAGUCAGAUAAGCUCCCAGAAGAGAUGGGCCUCCUGCAGGGCAGCAGCGGUGACAAGAGGGCUCCAGGAGACCAGGGAGCAGGCCCCAUCUUGCCUUCUUAACACCACUCACAGAUGGCAGGGCCAGGCAAGUGGCUGAGGGAGCUUGGAGGAAGACUGAGAAACACCCUGUCCUGACCAAUGCCCAUGACUCUGGGUGUGGCCAUUUCACCAGUGCAGUCAAACAGGGACCGCCCGCCUUCCCUGGCCUGCCAUGCCCGUCCUUGCUUCCUCCCCAAGGCUGCCGCACCAAGUUCAUCGGCUUCUGCUUCCAUCUCUCCUUCCUCUCGGUGCUCACACCUUCAACUCUGAGCACCGUCUCCGUGUUUCCCUCUUCUCCUCUUCCCACUUUUAGGGAGAGAAAUACAUCGAUCUGAGGCAUUAGCCCCGAAUCACUUCAGUUCCCUUCCCUGCCUGGACCAUUCCCAGCUCCCUGUUCACUCUUCUCUCAGCCAAAGCCUCCAAAGGGACUAGAGAGAAGCCUCCUGCUCCACUCGCCUGCACACCCCCUUUCAGAGGGCCACUGGGUUAGGACCAGAGCUGUCCUGAGAACCUCACUUGGCCCUAGAAGGCCCGCUUUUCAGGGACCAGUCCGCCACGAUCUCCACAUUGAGUGACGCUCAUCCCAAGCAAGGAGCCCCCGCCUCCCGAGCGGGUAGGAGAGUUUCUUGCGGAACGUGUUUUUUCUUUACACACAUUAUGGCUGUAAAUACCUGGCUCCUGCCAGCAGCUGAGCUGGGCAGCCUCGCUGAGCUGGUUUCCUGCCCCAAAGGAUGGCUUCCAUCAUCCAAGGACGCACUGGAGCCAGGCACCUGCUCAUGUAAGUGCGCUGUUCACACCGGCUCUGGAGAGCACCCCAGCAGCAUCCAGAAGCAGCUGCAGUGUUGCCACCACCACCCUCCUGUCUGCCUCUUCCAAGUCUCCUGUGACAUUUUUUUCUUUGGGCAGAAGCCAGGAACUGGUGUCAUUCCUUAAAAGAUACGUGCCAGGGCCGGGCGCGGUGGCUCACGCCUGUAAUCCCAGCACUUUGGGAGGCCAAGGCAGGUGGAUCACAAGGUCGGGAGAUUGAGACCAUCCUGGCUAACACGGUGAAACCCCGUCUCUACUAAAAAUACAAAAAAAAUUAGCCAGGCAUAGUGGUCGGCGCCUGUAGUCCCAGCUAGUCGGGAGGCUGAGGCAGGAGAAUGGCGUGAACCCAGGAGGCGGAGCUUGCAGUGAGCUGAGAUCGUGUCACUGCACCCCAGCCUGGGCGACAGAGUGAGACUCCGUCUCAAAAAAAACCAAAAAGAUACGUGCCUGCAGUGAGGAAGCUGGGCACUGUUUUUGAGUUCAAGUGAAUUAGCCUCAACCGCCCGUGUUCACUUGGCUCCCACGGCUGUCUUGAUGGAUCACGUGAGUGAAAGGCAGGGGAAGCGGACAAAGAUGAGGUCUACACUGUCUUUCACGGGGAUUAAAGCUAUGGUUAUAUUAGCACCAAACUUCUACAAACCAAGCUCAGGAGCCCCAACCUAGAAGGGCCCAAAUGAGAGAAUGGUACUUAGGGAUGAAAAACAGGGGCCUGGCUAGAGCUUUGGGUGUGUGUCUGUGUGUAUGCAUACAUAUGUGUGUAUAUAUGCUUUUUGUCAGGUGUGUAAGUUUGCAAACUGUUUCCUUUAUAUAUGUAUAUAUAUGAAAAAUAAAGCUUAAUUGUCCCAGAAGUC